AUGGCCUUUACCCCAGGGUCCCGCCUGGCAACUUGGCCGGAUGACAACUCGGAUGAUUCACCGGAUGACAUGACGCAGGCGAGCUGGAAAAAUCCUACGUUCAUGGCUUCUAUAGGCAUGCCAAUGCCGAGUUUCCCUACCCCGGCUCAGGUGGAGAGAGAAGCGCGAAGCCGAGCAGGAAAAAUCUUCGAAGAUUGGACUACUCUCAAUGCUUUAUUGGAGAGGUACGAGGAGGUGCUAAGAAAACGCUGGGCCAAGAAAACAAAGGAACAGCGCAAGAAGAUCUUGCUCACUGCUUGGCCGAACAUGUCUGCCACCCAUCGCCCAGACUUUCAGGUGCUGAGGGACAAAUCAAGGCAACAGGCCGCCGGAGGACAAUCCAUCAUUGCAUCGGCGGCGCAGAGUAGGGAGGCAUUUUUGUGGCCGUAUAUCAACCUCGAAGAUCUCACAAAAAGCAAAGCUUUGCUGCUGUUCCUAAACGCGCGCGGGCGUCACCUACCACACACAUUCGCAUACUGUGACAUCGACGCUGCCCAUGUCGGCUACGUCAGUCAUACUAUUGUCCCGCCGUUCCUAAAUGAGUAUACGAUGCUCUUCAACAGUCAGACUACCCCGGAGACCUAUGGUAGACUCUAUUCUUGGGAGGAGAAUAACAAGGCUUUGGAUUGGAUGAUCACUGGAGUAGGAUUUCCCCCGGGCCAUGGACUGAACUUGCUGGAAAUCCAGGAGAGGAUCCUUCAUUUUCUUGUGGAAUGCUGUCAACUCAUCCUGCACGACGUUCCGCCAUCAGCCUUGACCGAUCCGUCGUCAGUAGCCACCCAGCCGGAGCCCCCGUCCAUCAUCUCUGCGGAGUCGAACGGGUAUCUCUCACUAGCUGCUCUGGCUGCGGAAACUCCGUAUAGAAUACCUUCCUGGAUGGAUUUCAAACGCCUAGAGGCUUUUAUCGGCUCGAAAGUAUCCGAGGCUGAAGACCAUAUCUGGCUGUUGAGAGAGGAUCCCAGCUAUUUUGCCGAGACGGUAGUUGAGUGGAAGGAGCAUCGGCAAGAAGUCCUACCGGACAUUUACGGCAAUCAACACCCCGUGCUGGGUAAGCCGCUGUUUUGGAACAGGGUGCUUGGUAAUGUCGUCACCGAAGCUUACGGAGCUCUAAUAACCUGGAGUGUCAUCCAUCGUCAGCUCGUAGAUUUGACGUGUCUCCGGGACAAGUACAACGACUCGAUUUCCCGCGACAAACCAUUGCCCAAGGAAUACCAAUUGUCGCUCCGUCGUUACAAACAUCUGCUGGAGCAGACCGCGAACGGCCCCCUGAUGUAUCUCAAGACGGGCGUUCCCGCGUCUCCACCUCUUCGAACACACUGGGUUCGGGAGCCACAAGACCCCAAUUCAACAAUCAUUCGAGUUCGAGCUCGCGGUAAGACGGACUAUCUUCUGUUUAUGUUCUCCCAAUUGUUCGACAAGACCCAACGCGACUUGUGCGGGUUGCAUAAUCUUGUGGAGGAUUUUGAACGCCAGUUCCAACAAGACCCAAAGCAGAAGAAGGAUAGGCUCUCGUCCUGGGUUAUAGAUAAGUUUUCUGAUUUGGCAUUCAUAUCCGAACUGCAGCGCCAGUUACGUCUUUACCAGCCCCGAUUGUUUGAGCCAUUCGUAUCUCCCUCACUUGACGAUGGGACCGAGGAGGCCACGGAGGAGGGCAUCAAAAAGGAUUUCGCCAAGGAGAUGAGCCCGUUGGCAAACCUCCUCAACAAUGCCAAAGACAUGAGAUUGGCGGACGUUGGAGAGCCUUCUGAGCGCAGGUUCCAUUAUCCAGCCGAUAAGCGUAGAACAAAAGCAAAUACAGCGGCGAUGCGCAGAGCCGAAGAGCACCUGGACCAGUUCUGGAAGAGAGUGAAUUCGCAUUAUAUCGCACGAACAGGGCACGGACUCCAUGACUCGCUCCCCUCUGGAUCGCUCGUUGAGCGGCUACUGCAGCGAACAGGAGAAUGGGUCGAACCAGAGCGUGUUCAAAAGGGGGAAGAAGAACAUACGCAAGCGGAGGGCUUCCUGAGCGCAAGAUUCUCUACUACACUCGGCCUAGACCACGAACGUACGCAACGUACCGUAUCCCAGCUCGAACCCGCUCGCCCCAAGUCCAAGAUCAAAACCUGA